UUUCCUUACACAUUCUUUUGGCCAGUUUCCUUACACACAUAACUUAUCCUUUUUCAUUAUAUAAUUUCUCUCUCAAUCUCCUCUUUCUCCAAAUGGCUUCCAAGGAAGUUGAGGUGGAAGUAUUCCCUUACAUUAGAGUCUACAAGGACGGGACCUACGACCGGCUUGCCGGCACUGAGGUCGCCCCGCCCGGCCUCGACCCUGAGACCGAUGUCCUCUCAAAGGAUAUCGUCAUCCUCCCCGAGACCUCGGUUUCCGCCCGCCUCUACCGCCCUGCCUCGGUCCCAAGCGGCCAGAAGCUCCCCCUCGUGGUGUACUUCCACGGUGGCGCCUUCAUCAUCUCCUCCAUCGCUGACCCCAAGUACCAUGCCUCCCUCAAUGCGAUGGCCGCCGAGGCCAAGGCGCUGAUCAUCUCCGUUGAUUACCGGAGGGUCCCGGAGCACCCGCUCCCCGCCGCCUAUGAUGACUCAUGGGCAGCGAUUCAGUGGGUGGCCGCCCAAGCUAGCGGCGAUGUGCCACAUGUGGCAGAGGCCGAGCCCUGGCUCAAGGAGUACGCGGACUUUGACAGGGUUUUUCUCGCCGGGGAUAGUGGUGGUGCUAACAUGUCACACCACUUGGCGAUACGGCUCGGGGAAUUGGACUCGGGGAAACGGCUUGUGAUCCAGGGCAUCGGGAUGAUCCACCCGUACUUCUGGGGGGAGAAGCCGAUCGGGGGGGAGGUAUCUGAUGGGAUGAGGAAAGCCCUAGUGGACAGCUGGUGGAGGUUCGUGUGCCCGUCCAACAAGGGCUGCGAUCACCCGCUCAUCAACCCGUUCGUGGAUGGGUCACCGGGGCUCGACCGCCUGGCUUGCGAGAGGGUCCUCGUGAUCGUGUCAGGGAAAGACAUACUAAAGGACAGAGGGAGGCUCUACUACGAGAACCUGGUGAAGAGCGGGUGGCCCGGGAAGGCGGAAUUUGUCGAGAUCGAAGACGAGGACCAUGUGUUCCAUAUCUUCGACCCGAACUGCGAGAAGGCCAAGAAUAUGUUCAGGCGCCUGGCUAUGUUCAUCAAUUACCGGUCUGAAACAGAAAGUGCCUAGAGAAGUACACGUAUGGGACCAUCAUAUCUAUUUCUUGGUACAUGUCGAGACAUUAAUAAAUCGAGGUUUUCGGGAAGUUAUCAUCGAGUCACCUGAUGUUCGAGUUCGGAAAAUUGUAACGAAAUCUGUAUGUUUUUUUAUGAUCUUAUUAUUCGCUAUUAUAUCAUUAGCAAUUUCUCGUAUGACAAACGGUUUGAAUUCUAUUUUCUCAUGUAAAAAGCUGUGGGAUGGUAAUGUUUGUUCAUUGUCCCUUAAACCUUC